AACAACAAACAAACAACACUGUGAUAUGAUGCUUUAAUAUCUUCAAUAUAGAUCUAUACACUUAUUUGUUAAAUUAAUUAAACUUUUUAAAAUCUGAAUGCAACAUGCGGCUUUGAAAUUCACGUAACAUGAACAGACGUCGUCAUGUCUGUCACCGUUACGAUAAUUCACAUGCAAUGUCUAUCAGUCCUUGUGUUAUUUAGAUAAUUCACAUGCAAUGUCUGUAAGUCCUUGUGUUAUUUAGAUAAUUCACAUGCAAUGUCUGUCAGUCCUUGUGUUAUUUACAUAAUUAUGCAAUCUAGUAAACUUAUUCUGUAAGGAAAACAAGUGAACAGAAUCAUACAUUUAUAAAAAUUCCAAGUUAAUCCUUUCGUUUUUCAUAUUAAUGUGAUAUUUGUGCCAAACUUGGUAUUAUAUAGCUUGUAUUAUUGGUCUGCACGUAACUUAACAGAUGAACGUCACACAUGAACAGACAGUCAUUCACGGCUGUUCGGGUUCUAUCUGGAGUGCUAACAGUCGGAAGGUAAAUACGGAUGCAGAUAACACUGGGAAAAGAUUAAAUUAUUAACCUCCAGAUCACAUUUAGACGCACUUAGUAUUGAGAUCAACUCUAUAAAUAGCACAUAACGUCCAGUUCAUUUGACAGUGUCUGUCAAAUGAACAGGGCGAUAUGUGCUAUUCCGAAGAUUUCAGACUCCAUUGUGUAUGAAUUGAGCAGAAAACAAGGAACAACAGAAACUCUCAGCUAUGGUGGCCGGACUAUUGACCCAGUUUCUGCUGUUGACGUGGAAGAACAUUCUUCUUCAGAGGCGGAAAAUUUGUGUGACAGUCUUUGAAAUUGUUCUCCCUUUAGCGUUUCCCAUAUUAUUGAUAGUUAUUAGGAAUCUUGCUGACUUUAAACCGACAUACCAUCCUGCAACUAACUACACGAAGAGCACCUUUUAUAACGGCUACAACUUCCCCCGUAAAAUCCUCUACGCCCCGAAUAGAACUCUGAUAAACAGCAUCAUGAAUAGUACCAAGUACAUCGUGAAAGAAUUGGUAAAUUUCUGUGUCCAUGUUUUAGGGAUGGAGGAGAACGGCUAUUGGAGUAGGCCAGAUAUAGAGCUUAAAGGAUUUGCCAGUGAGGAUCACCUGAUUAAUUAUCUCCGCCGUUCCUACUCGGAUGAAUAUUACGGCUAUUCGUAUGAUUCUGCUGGAAUCGUGUUUGAUCCAUCACACUCGUAUGACUCGGGACUUCCUGAAGACGUCACCUAUUGGAUCCGCAUGGGCGGGGAAUGGAAGACGGAGGACACUUACGCAGAUAAGUCUUUCAACCCCGGGCCGAGUUACGGCGACUCUAAAUACAACAACAUGGGAUUUCUUUCAUUACAAUAUGCGGUAGACUUUGCGGUCAUCAGGCACUAUAAUUCCUCGGCCGUCCUGCCGGAUAUUCGCGUGAAGAGAAUGCCUUACCCGCCCUAUACAGAGUAUGGUUUAGCUACCUUCAUCAGGGUCUCCAUCUCUACCACGACUGUUCUGGGGCUGAUAUUGUGUGCCCUACAGCUGACGAAAGAAAUUGUCUACGAUCGAGAGAAGAAGCUGAAAGAAACGCUGAGAAUGAUGGGAAUGAGUUCCUUCGUUUACUGGUUCUCCUGGUUUUUCAAGGGAUUUAUAUACCUUGCCGUGACGUUCGCCAUCGUCGUUCUUAUAUUUCAAGCUGGAUCCAAUAAGCUGUUUGAGUUUUCUGAUUCCACUUUGCUUUUCGUUUUCUACCUGUCUUACGCAGUGUCUGUAGUGGCGUAUUGUUUUCUGUUCAGCAGUUUUUUCAACAAAGCAAGUACAGCCUCAUAUUUUUGCGGUUUUAUAUUUUUCGUUACUAUCAUUCCCAACUUUGCAAUUGAUUCGAAGUUCGAAGAUAUGACUAGAACUCAGAAGAUGGCAAUAUGCCUGAUAAACAACAUGGCGAUGGCCUUUGGAUUUACGUCAGCAUCUGAAUACGAAAAGAGAGGAAUCGGUGUAAAGUGGAGCAGUUUCACCAAACCGCCCACUGUUGAUGGAACCUUUUCGUUUGGUGACGCCAUUUUGAUGCUAUGGGUGGAUAGCGCCAUCUACUUCUUGAUCACGUGGUACAUAGACGGCGUUAGACCGGGAGAAUUUGGAGUUCCUCAACCAUUUUAUUUUCCUUUCACGAAAACUUACUGGUGUGGCGGGAAACAAAUAAGUAAGGCUACAGACCAGGAAGUAAAACACAACCCAAAGUAUUUUGAAGAUGAGCCAUCUGGACUGGAUAUCGGAAUUAGUAUGAGUCAUUUACGAAAGGUAUUUAAGUCAGGAAUGAAAGAAACUGUUGCCGUGGCCGACACAUCUCUAAACAUUUUUCAAGGGCAGAUAACUGCAUUGUUGGGACACAAUGGCGCUGGGAAAACCACAACCAUGUCUAUGUUGACUGGAUUUAUUCCAUCAACUUCCGGUUCUGCUCGAGUUAACGGGUACGACAUAGAUGAUGACAUCAGAAGUGUUCGUGGAAGUCUAGGCAUGUGUCCACAACAUGAUAUUUUAUUUGACAAUCUGACUGUAAAAGAGCAGUUAGAAUUUUAUUACAAGCUUAAGACAAGUGAUGCAAGAAAGAUAAAUGAAGAUAUCAGAGAUACGCUUAGCCUCUUCAAACUCGAGGGAAAGCAAAAUGAUCUGGCACGAACCUUAUCAGGCGGUCAAAAACGGAAAUUGUCGGUUGCCAUAGCCAUUAUUGGAGACUCAAAGGUAAUUGUGCUGGAUGAACCCACAUCAGGCAUGGAUCCAGGGGCUAGGCGCCAAUUAUGGGAUAUUCUUCAGAGGUUUAAAGAUGGUCGAACUAUCGUGUUGUCGACUCAUUUCAUGGAUGAAGCUGAUGUUCUUGGUGAUCGUAUUGCUAUCAUGGCAGAUGGAGUGGUGAAAUGCUGCGGGUCAUCCAUGUUUCUUAAAAAGCUAUAUGGCACUGGGUAUCACUUGGUGAUGGUGAAGGAACCUCGGUGUGAUGUUUCCAAAUUACUGGAAAUAAUUCAAAUCCACAUUCCUGCAGCUUCUCUAGAUACUGAGGUCGGGGCGGAAUUAUCGUUUCUACUUCCUACGGAAGGAACAUCCAAAUUCGAAGGCCUGUUUACAGAGUUAGAAGAAAAGGGCCCAAAACUUGGAAUCAGUAGCUUCGGAAUGUCGGCAACAACCAUGGAAGAAGUUUUCUUAAGGGUGAAAGAAGAUAAAGGGAGUGACAACGAGGCUUAUGACAAUGGCAUAAGAGAUCAUCACCACGUGCAACUUCACAUGACAGACGGAGCAUCCUUUCAGGAAAAUUCAGAUGAAACAAAUCUUGACAUAGAUUUCAACGAGGGGUUUGUAAAGAACAGUGGAAUAGCAGCUGUAUUCCAACAGUACCGAGGGCUGUUACUGAAAAAAGCAUUGCAUACGUGGCGGAGUCGCGUGAUGAUAUUUUUUCAACUGGCGGUUCCUGUUUUACUGGCGAUUUUUGGCCUUUUGGCUGACAGGUCAUUAACAGAGAUUUCGGACCAUACCGAUCCUCCACUCCAGCUAGAUUUACACCCUUUUCCAAAUUCCAUUACUACAGUCACCCCAGGACCGAAUCCAACGACAUUGGCGAAAAACACAACCCGGGAGUUUGCUAAUUGGUUCAUAAAAAAUGCCUAUCAAGUUUCUGAAUAUGAGAAGACUUCUGAUUUUGAUAUUGAUAGAUUUUGGCUAGAUCGUAAUAAACAGAUUGGGCAAAGAACCUUCAAUUCGAAAUUCGUCAUUGGGUUUGGUUUUGAAGACAAUCAAAUUAUCAGUUACUAUAACGGUGAAGUGAUUCACUCUCUUGGAAUCAGUCUGUCGUACACGAUGAAUUUCCUUCUCAAACUUCACUGUGGACAGUCUAAAAGCAUUAAUACAAUAAAUAAGCCACUUCCACCAAGUGAAGAAUUAAGAAGUUUUUCUCGCAGUUCAGGUUUUGCAACAUUUAAAGGACUUAGUCUCGCCCUUUGUAUUUUGUUUGGACUUUCAUGCUUAGUGGCGUCUUUCAGUGUGUUCCACAUCCGUGAGAAGUCCUCGGGGGCCAAACACUUACAAAAAGUGAGCGGCGUGAGCUCCAGGGUAUUCUGGUUGGCCAAUCUGACAUGGGAUUUUAUCCAUUACCUGAUUCCAAUUUUCCUCAUUCUUAUUUGUUUUGCUGGCUUCCAAAUCAAGGCAUACACGGAGGACAAGAGACUAGGGCUUGUGUUUCUAAGUCUGUGUCUGUUUGGUCUGGCGUCAAUAUCGUGGAUGUAUCUCUUGCAAUUCAUCUUCCGAUCACCUGCAGGCGGUACAGUAGCAAUGAUUAUUAUCAACACAGUGGCUGGAUUAUUUACCUUGCUUAUGGUCACAUUCCUGUAUCCAAUAAAACAGACGAAAAGCACCGCCGAGGACAUGGAUAGCGUGUUUAUGGUCUUUCUCCCGCAUUACUGUUUAGGAAAGAUGUUUACGAACAUCUAUGCCCGAUAUGCAAUGCGAGUACAAUGUCAAACACAAACUUCAUUGACAGAACUGUUAGGUACAACAACGAUUUGUCCCGACAACAACUACUUGGAGUGGGAUUACCCAGGUUGUGGUAAAUACCUGCUCAUGAUGUCAAUCCAGGUUAUCGUGUACCUGGGUUUAGUUCUUCUUUUGGAUAGCGGAAUCAUACAACGUUUUUUGUAUCCAGCUCUUUUUGGUAAUGCAAGCGGAACUGUUAAUUCGGACCCUGACCACAACACUGCACCGGAUUUAGAUGUAGCCGAAGAGGCAAGGAGAGUUACCUCUACUCAGAUGAAUGAUCUUAUGAAUACUGACAAAUUAAUCAUAAAAAAUAUGAAGAAAACGUAUGGCAUCAUUGAUCGCUUUGAUGCAGUUAAGGACAUAAGCGUAGGAAUAUCCGAACAGGAGUGUUUUGGUCUAUUAGGUCAAAAUGGUGCAGGGAAGACGACAACAUUCAAAAUGUUGACGGGCGAUGUGAUGAUUUCCAGCGGUAACGCCUACAUAAAUGGCUUUAGUGUUCAGAGUCAGCUAAGGCAGGUUCACAAGUGCCUUGGGUAUUGUCCCCAGUUUGAUGCGUUGAUUGAAACCUUGACGGGGAGAGAAAUUCUGACCCUAUACGCUAGACUUCGUGGAGUCAGUGAGAGGGAGAUCAGACGAGUUGUCAACGUCCUCAUGGAUGCCGUUACCCUCACUGAGUACGCUGACAAACUGUGUGGAACAUACAGUGGUGGCAACAAGAGAAAGUUGAGCACUGCAAUCGCACUUGUUGGGGAUCCUCCUUUUUUGAUGUUGGAUGAGCCUACUACGGGCGUGGAUCCAGCGGCAAGAAGACUGGUUUGGAACGUCUUGUCUAAAAUCCGGGCCAGUGGACGGACUCUUGUCUUAACAUCACACAGUAUGGAAGAAUGUGAUGCACUUUGCACGAAAAUUGUAAUCAUGGUCAACGGGAAAUUUGUCUGUUUCGGUAGUCCUCAGCACCUAAAGAACAGAUUUGCUCAGGGGUAUACACUAAUAGUGAAACUAGCUCGUGACAACAACGGGUAUGCAAUGGAUUCUGGGCCGUUACGCAAUCACUUGGUUACAGAGUUUCCAGGAACACAAAUAUUCGAUGAUCAGCAGGGCUACCUAGAAUUCAGGAUUCCAAAUCCUACUCUGUCUCUGGCGAAACUGUUCAGAGAAAUGGAGACAACCAAGACGGAAUGUAACGUAGAAGAUUAUUCAGUUCACCAGACGUCCUUAGAGCAGGUGUUUCUAGCGUUCACGAGAGGACAGGUGCCCCCCACGGACAAGAAGAGGAAGUGUCCAUGUUGCUUUUGUUGUCGGGCAGCCCCAGCUUAUCAGGGACAAAUCAUUGGAAUGCCUGCAGGACAAGUUGUAUGAGUACGCUGUCACGAAAUGCAGUGCUACCGCUCUGUAUUGAAGUCGCAUGUAGUUGAAUGGUGACUAUUAUAUCGAUCUGGUACUGUCUUGAGACUAGUUUAAUUAACAUUCUGUUUAUUGGCCAUGCUAUGAACUAAUGUGUUGCUAUUAUGCGAUGUUUCAGCAAUAUUUGUGUUGGUUUUAGAGACUGUUUACAUUUUUAAUUCAUUUUUUUUUAUUUUGCGUGGAAAGCUUUUUGAUGCGUUAUAUUGAUGGAAUAAACUUAUUCUCGGUGCUUUUUUAAUAAAAAGAUCAAUAUUUUG